AUGAAAACACACAUGUUCCAUGUGCUUUUAUUUUUUAGCCUUGCAAAAAGUGCUGUAGUGCCAAGCGUGCCGAGUCACUUGCGAGACUGUUACCGGUCUUCAUUAGCUGACUCACAAGCACCGAGGAGGCUCGAUGUAUACUUGUCGCUAUUGAGGAAAUUAGAGCUUAACAAUCAACUUGACAUGAGAAUGUUUAGCACAGCGUUACUUAGAAGCUUGCGUCUAGAUGGCAUUGAACAAUCAUCAGCCAAUGCCGUUGAAACCGAAUUUCUAUUGCCGUACAGAGCAUCCAGCUUUCAAUUUCAUAAGUAUAAACUGCUCAUGGACAUAUUUUUACCAAGUCAAAACCUUAUCAAUGUAGAUGAAACAUUGCCGGUGGAAGAGAAGUGUCUUCUUCAUGAAAUGCUAAGUUCUACAGUUAGGCGGUGGGAGCGGGGUGAUGAGAAUGUUGUAUGUCCUGUCUCAGCCCAACAAUCCCAAACAAUGGUCACCCAAAGUAGUACUAGAAUAAACAGCAGAUGUCCUAUUGAAGAAGGUGUAAUCCAAACUAACUGGGGGACGGUAUCUCCUGGUACAUUAGUCGCUGCUAUCGCCACGUCACUGGAACCUCAGCGAGUGUCUGUCACCGACAUACUUAACGCAAACAUAUUCAAGCAAGAUAUUGCUGAACCUAUGAUGUCGUCUGCUAAGCAAGAAUGGUUCGAGAAUAUAGAGACCUUGCCAAAUGAUCAGGGCAAUAGAUGGCAGUCUGAUAUUCCUGAGAUCAGUAAUAUAUGGGUGGCUACUUUAGCUGGUGAUUUAGCAGAAGUAGUGGUAAACCAAGGACCGAGGGUAGGCGCUGUCGCACAAAACAUGUCGAUUGGCACCAACAGCCGUUGGAACGACACGUUACUGCCCAGACACCACUACAUCUUUCCCCCAGACGGUUCAAUCAUCGACUGGCAUUUCACUGACGCUGAGAUGUUAGCUGGCAUUGAUGGUCUAAUACUAGCGCAGUACGUCCCCAAAUGGGUAGAGCAGAGACGUACUCUCAGACUGUCUCAAGUGUUAGACAUGUACUAUUCAAACGACGGGGUGUCUUUUGAGCCCACAGUGCGAGCUUGUAACAGAAGAACUCUAUUCAACAAUUUGUUCAACAGUACAGAUUUAGUUACAGAAGCUUCUAAAUUUGCCUACGUAUUAUCUUUGCGCCAAAUAACUGUCUAUAUGCCUGUACAGGAGAUGGAGAGGAUAACAAAUGCUGCUGUAACUGCUUUUGACAAUUACCUGUCGGCUUUCUUGAGACAAAAUCAUAAUGAAUGCCGAGUGAGCAACAGUGUGCCAGUUAUUGAUUUAAUUGUAGCCACUGACGGGUCAUGGAAAGGCAACGACGUUGAAGAAUUCAUGUCAUGGAUGGGAGGAGCACUGGAAUCAAGCUUGCAACGGGGGACAAUGUCUCUCCUGCAUGGAAACUCGGGACAAUGGAUUGCACCCCCGUCACAUAACUUAACUACGGUGUUCUCACACAUAAAGAAUUAUACAGAUCAAUGGCCGAAUAGACUCAACCUGCCAACUGUGAUGUCUUCAGUCCUCCGUCACUCAUUGAACAGUUCAUUAAUGGAAAUAGCAAAUAAUGCUAGCGGAGCGCUUAGCACAAUAGUUCUUAUAAUAAGUCCAAGUGACCGACCGUCUGCUACAGAAAUGGAACAAGCGAGAAGUCUGAUGAGUUCACUUAGAACUACGUAUUUUGAUGUUUAUUUCACGUACGUGGCUGAAAAUUUGUCAGAUUUUCAAGUAAUCAGUGAAUAUAUGGACUAUUCUGAACUAUUUUUAAGGACACCUUCAACGAGAGUGCAAAAUGUCAUAGAUGCUGUUGACGAUUUCUUGUUGAAAAACCACAUUCCGUCCAGGUUAAUCGGCCCACAGUGUCCUUUCAACAACACUGUGUUCAAGCAAGUAGAGUACGAAGACUUUGUUCUACCAAACAGACCGAUGUAUUAUAGGAUACAUCCAUUCUAUUUGCAGCAGCAACCUUUGAUACAAGUUCAGUUCCGUAACAGUGGGCAAGGCGAGUUGCUAGUCUGCAUGUGGCGAGGAGCAGAAGCGUCCCAUAGUUGUCAGACCAUUGAAGAGCGUGGAACUCACGCCUUUAACUUGACUAAUCCAUGCCCUUCACCGGACUUUUGUUUGCCCGCACAUUUUACUGUGGCAGCGACGUCUAGUUCCAAUACUUGUGCACAUAACGACUGCCGGCUACCUCAUGAAGUUGGCUAUUACAUAACUCACACAGGGCUUCGAUGUCUGCCAUUACGAGCACUCGGAAGAAUUCUCCAAUCAGAACUUUCUGUUAUUGUGUCAGCCUUAUUAAUUUUAAAAAGCAUAAUUUAUAUUUUGUAG